GCGACUAGCCGCAUUCGCUUGCGACAUUUCAUCGCAGUAGGCUGCGUGCUUCGGCUGAUACCGGGUGCGCACAAGUAGUACACGCUUAGCUUACUAAGUACGCAAGUUCCGCGUUUAUCAUUUGUUUUUUGUUUUUUUUUUUUGAGAAAAAAAAAUGGUUACUACGGGGUCGAGCACUGGUGUUGCCACUAGUGUUUUACAGCUCAACCCCGCUGUUGCUGCUAAUGCGGUCACAGUCACACCGCUGGUGGUGAAGAGCGAGGGUGUCGGAGGAGGACUUUUGAAUGUGAACAAUAAUAAUAAUACUAUGGAGAGUAGUGUUGGUAGUGUUCAGUCUAGUGCUGUUAGUAGGAGUACUGCUGUUAGUCCUGGAGGGAGAGCUAGUGAUAACAGAAGGAGUAACAAGCCUAUCAUGGAAAAGAGACGACGAGCCCGAAUAAACAACUGCCUAAAUGAACUGAAAACUUUAAUACUGGAUGCUAUGAAAAAAGACCCUGCCCGCCAUUCCAAAUUAGAAAAAGCCGACAUCCUGGAAAUGACAGUCAAACACCUCCAGAACCUUCAAAGACAACAACAGACCCCUGCCUCCGACCCAUCGUCGAUCAACAAAUUCAGAGCAGGAUUCACAGAGUGCGCCACAGAAGUUGGCAGAUUUCCCGGUUUGGAACCACUUGUAAAACGAAAACUACUGCAACAUCUCGCAACCAGUUUAACGCAAAGCUGUAAAUCGCAGGAGGUGCCACAAGUACAAGUUCACAUUUUACCCAAUCCACAAAGAUCACUUGAGCAGCAAGUGCCUCAACUACCUCCAUCAGGAAUUAUCUUAAGUAAUGGAAGUGGAACUGGAGUUCAGUUGGUACCUACAAGGUUGCCUAACGGUGAUAUUGCUUUAGUGCUGCCUUCUCCUGGACAAAAUCAUCAAGCAGCACCCUCACAGGUCCCUUUAUUGGUUCCAAUAGUACCAGAAAGGAGUGCCAGUUCUAUUUCCGCUGGGUCCAGUUCGAGUUAUAGUCCUAGUCACAGUCCCGAACCUAUGGAGACUAUGUACUGUCCAUCGCAACAAAAACCUUUAUCUUUGGUGGUAAGGAAGGAUGAACAGUGUGAGGAGCAUGGUGAGGAGAGACCUUGGAGACCUUGGUAAAGGAUGGCUAUUAAGGAAUUUGGGAUGGCCAGUGCAGAUGAAGAAUACGUAUAUAUAUAUAUAUAUA